AUUCCUUUACCAUGAGGGCCAUCAGCUCCUCCCUGCUCAUCGCCGCCGCCGCCGUACUAAUCGCGCUGUGCUCCGUCGCCCCCGCUGCAGCGGCGCAUGAGGCGUCGGCGCCGGCGCCGUAUAUAACCGUCGGCGGGUGGAGGCCGAUCAAGGACGUGAACGACCCCCACAUCCAGGAGCUGGGCUCCUGGGCGGUGUCGGAGCACGUCAGGCAGGCCAACGACGGGCUCCGCUUCGGCGAGGUGGUGAGCGGCGACGAGCAGGUCGUGUCCGGGAUGAACUACAUGCUCAUGAUCGAGGCGACCAACGGCGCCGGGAAGAUCGCGACGUACGGGGCGGCGGUGUACGAGCAGGAGUGGACCAAGACGCGGAAGCUGCUGGCGUUCGCGGUGGGCAAUUGAUCCCGGACGUACCAGCCCGUUCCUGGUUACAUGGAUUUUUAAGAUCUAUUAGGGUUAAUAAUCUUAAUCAAGUAAGAGCUGCGAUCACCUGCGGUGUAUAGCAAAUGAAGUGCUGUAUUGCACAUCUUGGGAUUACAAGGU